CCCCCCCCCCAUAUACCAUCUCCCUUUAAGCUUGCAUGGCUCUCCUUAUCCAAUUCCUUGUCCUCCUCAUGUUCCACUCCAUUAAUGCCCAGCCCUCUCCAGGCUACUACCCAAGUUCUGGGAUCAAGCCAUUGAAAUUCUUCCAAGGCUACAGUAACCUCUGGGGACCUCAGCACCAAUCAGUCUCCCAAGAUCAAUCCUCUGUAACAAUCUGGCUUGAUAGAAGCUCAGGAAGUGGAUUCAAGUCGACCCGCCCAUACCGAAACGGCUACUUCGGAGCUUCGAUCAAGCUCCAACGUGGCUACACCGCCGGAGUGAAUACAGCUUUCUACCUGUCGAACGAUCAAGCUCACCCGGGGUUCCAUGACGAGGUGGAUAUCGAGUUCCUGGGCACGAUCCCCGGUAAGCCAUACACUCUGCAGACCAAUGUGUAUGUCAGGGGAAGCGGCGACGGCCGGAUCAUUGGCAGGGAGAUGAGGUUCCACCUCUGGUUCGACCCCGCGGCUGACUUCCACCACUAUGGCAUUCUCUGGAACCCUGAAGAGAUCAUCUUCUUUGUCGAUGAUGUGCCGAUAAGGAGGUACGCGAGGAAGGUGGAAGCAACGUUCCCUGAUCGGCCAAUGUGGGUGUACGGCUCCAUUUGGGAUGCAUCAUCCUGGGCAACAGAGAACGGCAAGUACAAGGCCGACUACAGGUACCAGCCCUUCGUCUCAAGGUUCACCGGCUUCAAGAUAAGAGGGUGCUCGGCCUUCGCGCCGGCCGGGUGCCGGCCGGUGCCGUCCUCCCCGUCCGGCUACGGCCUCAGCCCUCAGCAGCGCGCAGCGAUGCAGUGGGUUCAGAGAAACCACCUGGUCUACAACUACUGCAAGGAUUACAGCAGGGAUCACUCCCUCACUCCCGAGUGUUGAUGAGGCUGGUGAGCUUUGUGAGCUCUUGGCAGCUGCCCUGCUACUGUACUGUGUGUUGGUAGUUUGAGGCGUUUGUGCAUGUCUUUCACUUUCUUUACAUGAUGAAAGAGUGGGAAUGUAUUGAGGUAUUGCUCUCUGUAACACUGUAAGAGGUCUGCAAGUGGAAUGAUCCAUUUUGUUUCCUGCACA